AUGACUGCGACGACUGCCCAAGAGAUCUCGCUUGCUGGAGGUGUCAUCCCAAAUGACAGGAAGAUCAUCUGGCCAGGAGGAGAGACAGAGAAGCCUCGAGGAUACCAGAUGUCCACCAGACUAAAGAUAGUGACAAUCCACCAAGAGCCCUUUGUGUACGUCAAGCCCACACUGAGUGAUGGGACAUGCAAAGAGGAAUUCACAGUCAAUGGUGACCCGGUGAAGAAGGUGAUCUGCACAGGGCCUAAUGACACAUCACCAGGCAGCCCCCGCCACACGGUGCCUCAGUGCUGCUAUGGCUUCUGCAUUGACCUGCUCAUCAAGCUGGCACGGACCAUGAAUUUUACCUAUGAGGUGCACCUGGUGGCAGAUGGCAAGUUUGGCACACAGGAGCGGGUAAAUAACAGCAACAAAAAGGAGUGGAAUGGAAUGAUGGGAGAGCUACUCAGUGGUCAAGCAGACAUGAUUGUGGCACCACUGACCAUCAACAACGAGCGUGCACAGUACAUAGAGUUCUCCAAGCCCUUCAAGUACCAGGGCCUGACCAUUCUUGUCAAGAAGGAAAUCCCCCGGAGCACGCUGGACUCAUUUAUGCAGCCUUUUCAGAGCACACUCUGGUUGCUAGUGGGACUGUCCGUCCAUGUGGUGGCUGUGAUGCUGUACCUCCUGGACCGCUUCAGUCCAUUUGGCCGAUUCAAGGUGAACAGUGAGGAGGAGGAGGAGGAUGCACUGACCCUGUCCUCUGCCAUGUGGUUCUCCUGGGGUGUCCUACUCAACUCUGGCAUUGGAGAAGGUGCCCCCCGAAGUUUCUCUGCACGUAUCCUAGGUAUGGUGUGGGCUGGUUUUGCCAUGAUCAUCGUGGCUUCCUAUACUGCCAACCUAGCAGCUUUCCUGGUGCUGGAUCGACCUGAGGAGCGCAUCACAGGCAUCAAUGAUCCAAGGCUCAGAAACCCCUCAGACAAGUUCAUCUAUGCAACUGUAAAACAGAGUUCUGUGGACAUCUACUUCCGGAGGCAGGUGGAGUUGAGCACCAUGUACCGGCACAUGGAAAAGCACAACUAUGAGAGCGCAGCUGAGGCCAUCCAGGCUGUGCGGGACAACAAGCUCCAUGCCUUCAUCUGGGACUCAGCGGUGCUGGAGUUUGAGGCUUCCCAGAAAUGUGACCUGGUGACCACGGGUGAGCUGUUCUUUCGCUCAGGCUUUGGCAUCGGCAUGCGCAAGGACAGCCCCUGGAAGCAAAAUGUUUCCCUGUCUAUACUCAAGUCCCAUGAGAAUGGCUUCAUGGAAGAUCUGGAUAAGACAUGGGUUCGGUAUCAGGAAUGUGACUCCCGAAGCAAUGCUCCUGCGACUCUCACUUUUGAGAACAUGGCAGGGGUCUUCAUGCUGGUGGCUGGAGGCAUCGUGGCUGGAAUCUUCCUGAUUUUCAUUGAGAUCGCCUACAAGCGACACAAGGAUGCCCGUAGGAAGCAGAUGCAGCUGGCUUUUGCAGCAGUGAACGUGUGGAGGAAGAACCUGCAGCAGUAUCAUCCCACUGAUAUCACGGGCCCGCUCAACCUCUCAGAUCCCUCGGUCAGCACCGUGGUGUGAGGCCCCCGGAGGCGCCCACCUGCCCAGUUAGCCCGGCCAAGGACACUGAUGAGUCCUGCUGCUCGGGAAGGCUUGAGGGAAGCCCACCCGCCCCAGAGACUGCCCACCCUGGGCCUCCCAUCCGCCUGCCCUGCUGCCUGGCAGGCAGCCCCUGCAGGACCAAGGUGCGGACCAGAGCGGCUGAGGAUGGGCCAGAGCUGGGCAGGGCCACAGGGCGCUCCGGCAGAGGCAGGGCCCUGGAGUCUCUGAGCAGUGGGUGAGGGGCCUAAGUGGCCCCAGUCGGAGCGGUCUGGAGCAGAAAUGGCAGUCCCGUCCUUCCUCCAGCCACCACCCUAAGCUACAGUGGGGGCCCAUGGCCCCAGCUUGCUAGGUCACCCCCCCUCCUCCAGCGCCUGCUCUCUGCAACCUAAAUUCCAUCUCUCUCCUACUGCACCACCCUCCCAAGACCCUUCCCAACCCCAUUCACUGGGCUGGCCCUGAUCUUUCCAGGGCUAGCCUUCAUUGCCCUAGCGGUAGCGCUUCCCAGGGGUGCUCUCUGGCUCCCAACUGUCUAGGGCUCCAGACUCCAAGAGGGCUGAGCCUUCUCUUCUACCUACAGCCACAAUAGGCUUCCUCAGACGCUGGCUUGCGAGCCCCCGCACCUUGGGCACCAGGGAGCGCCAUCAGCCUCCCAUUCGGGUGUCACUCACCCAACACCUUGUACAUGACCGGUUCUCCCAAGUGUCCAAGCGCGUGCCUUCCCCCAUGCCGCCCGUGCGCAGCAGCGCGCUGCCCCUCUUCCCCAGGGACACCGGGCUCGCACAGCCACCCCUAAUUUCAGUAUUCAGUGGUGAUGCCUAAAGGAAUGUCAGAAAAUUUC